AACUGAGGGCAGGUAACAACAAAAUCGAAAACGGUAAAGUACAAACUUAAUUGUGUUGUCCCCAAGUUGUAAUUUUCUUCCCAGAGUAAUGGAGCUCAAAUUUAAUGGGAUUUUAACAACGGUUUCUAAAAGUUAGGUUAACGGUAAAUACUAUUUUCUCAAUUGGACAGUCAAAUAUGUCAACAGACAAGGUGCACACUGACAACAUUAGUUAAAAAGGAAUUGUCAGUUAACUAAGAAUUAGUAACAUUUAAAUGUUGUCAAAAUUUCCCACAUGUGGGGGUCAGGUCAUUAAUGUAACAUUUGCUUUCUCUCUGUUUCUUAACUUUUCGUGAUGUUCGAAGCCUUCUAGUGCAACUAAUUUUAUGUUAAGACACAGAGUAAAAUCGCAGCAGUCUCGUCAUAUUCCUCAUUUUCAGAACUUGUUCUUUCACUCGACAGGUAAUAGGGGCACUAACAAUUUCCUGUACCAGAAUUUUUCCGAAACUUACCAUCGCUUACCCUUGAGUUGUUAAAGAAAAAAAAGAAAAGAACAGAAAGGAAAACAAAAGAUAAAAGGGUAAUUUGAUCAUAUUGUACCUAUGCAUCACCUGCUCUCAGUUUUAAAUUUUAAGUUUCAUCAAAAAUUUCAUAUAUCUGUCUUCUCUCGUGGGUUUGGUUUCUAAAGAAAAUGUGGUGCUGCGUCGAUGGUGGAGUAAAAAAGAUAAUUUGGUUUUAUCAACUAAGUUGAUAAAGUGAAUUAACCACCGUAAAAAUUUUCUAAGCUGGCGUUUCGAGCGUUAGCCCUUUCGCUCUGACGAGUGACAGCACUUCCUGACCUACGUACGGUUUAAAUCGUGUCUCCCCAUGUUCGCUUUAAAUAAAAAUUUUGAAAAUAAUAUUCUGUGAUCCUGAUCUUUGCAUCUAAAGAAUUUCUACCUUCUUCUUCAGAUGUUACUGCAGAUUGUAAUUUUUGGCUGGUUAUUCUUCAUAGCAAGUGAGUCACCGAACGUAUCAUAACAUCAACCCCAUCAGCGACACCCUCGUGCAUGCUAGUCUAGCUUUGACGGAAAGGUUUCCAGCAGAUUUGUUUUCAGUUUUAGCCCGGAGGCCGUUCAAGUAAUAGAACAAACGGUAGAAUGUGGAGGUUUAUUUAUCGUUUUUACUUGUUUCUUUGUUUGACGCAAGGGAGUCAUCUGACACACUCGUCAGCGGUACCAACUUAAGGUAUAUCUAGCUCAUGCGCAGAGCCAUAUAAUACACGCAAAGCCAGUCAUGACCAGCUGUUGCGUCCUUGUCAGGACUCAUGUUUAUAGCAAAAACGUCAGUAUUUGCCCAUUACUACAGCGACGGUUGCGAAGCUCUCCAAUUGCACCAGUUCCAAACAAUGCAGGUGGUUUCUGUGUGUUGGGUAGCUGUCACUGCCGUCAUAUAGUGCAGGGUGAGUAACUAAUGGGGGCGGGGGAGAGGGAGGGUAAUCCUCGCAUUUUCAUGAUCCAACCUUUAUGAAAUUGUUUAUUCAAGUCAACAACGAGAGAAUAUCACCUGUCAACUGCAUACAAUCUGACUUUGUUAUUCAGGUGGCGAAAAAGCGCGAAUCCGAAGAAUUCAUAACUCGGCGCUCAACAACAUAAUUUCUUAUUUGAUGUAACAUUGUAGGAAUAUUGACAUGAAAUUCAGAUUGGUUCCCUGGGUGUGACCCGUUGAAACCUUACCUCACCCCUUUGAAGAAUCCCUGCCACGCCCCUGCCCUAGCUAUGCCUCUCCAGUGACUGGAAUCAGUUUACAGCACUAACUUAGCUUUGUUCUACGGCUGACAACUAAAAGAGAACAUAACAACAUUUUUGAUCCAUAGGAGCAGAAUUUAAAUGCCACGAGAAAAUAGACAUGGUUAUUCUGCUUGAUAGCUCUGGAAGUGUGUCAGAAGAAGUAUUUGGAAAGACCAAGAAAUUCGCAAGAGAUCUUGUUAAACUGUUUGAUAUUUCAAAAGAAAAGACAAACGUGGCCAUCUUAACGUACAGCCAAUACGUUCGAGUAUUGAGGAGAUUCGACGAUGAAGUUUCAAUAGAAUCCGUCUUGAGAGCUAUAGAUAGAGCCAGAUAUGAAGCGUCGUUCUCUAGACUGGAUUCUGCACUUGAAAAUGUCCGGUAUAAAAUCUUCAAGAAGGAGCAGGGAGCAAGGUCCUCUUCAAAAGGUAUGAGAAGGACGCCUCGGUGUUUAUAAACCUUGUGCUGUGUCAACCAAUUUGCAAACUAUAAUCGGGUGGUGUAUGAUAGAGGUAAAGAUAAGACGCUGGUGAGGGCGCUUGCUUUGCACCGACAUAGUACACGCAUGAUCAAUUUGAUCCAGUCUGAGGUUUAAAAACGAUCUUCCACACCAUUCACCAGUUUAGAUUUCAAAAUCUGGAUCAAUGUCAGUAUCUUAACAACUGUACACCACCCCUAACCCAACAACAAGCAACUCAUAACAAGAUAGGUUUAAUGUGAGGGGAGGGGAGGGGUAGGUGUGCAAUUGCUCACGUACUGACAUUGAUACCAAAAUCUUUUAUCGAAUUGUGGGGAUCACUCAGGACAUUACCACAUCUUAAAAUGGAAAAAUGUCGGUCCUCGUGGUGUCAUGUUAAUAAACUUUAAACCUCACAGGAGUUACGUAACCCAGAACUAUCAAGGAAUCUAUUAAUAUUCGUUUCCGUUCAAAACCGCGUGUGUUGGAAUUUUCUUGUCAGUUACAGUUUAUUCGUUGUGUAUUAAAGGUCUUUUCUUAAAGUGGAGUCGUUUCGCGUUUGAAGAACACAACAGUGGGGCCUGAAAUAAAACAAUCUGAUUGGUUGAUUGUAGAUUAUCACUGACUAUUAUAACUCUUUAAACUCCUCAAUCCUUUGUUGGCUUUACAGGUGUUAAGAAAGUUCUCGUGGAUGUGACAGACGGUUUUAGUUCCCUGGGAGUCGAAUUCACAAAGAAGUUAGCCGGCUCUCUCAAGAGAACUGGCCUCGAGUUAUUCUCGGUAGGAACCUCUGAUCUCCAGUACAAAAGUGAAAUUGAAGUACUAGUUAGUAAGCCGAGCAAAUCUCAUGAACUCUUCAGAGACCUUAGGAAGAGUUAUUUUAAGAAAGAUGAAAUAGAGCAGUUUGCGAGAGACAUUUGUAAAAAGGAAUGA